CGAUUCUUUUCUCUCAAUCGCCAACAUUCGCUGUUUAGUUCGAUAGACACUGCUUUGGAUAUUAAGAAUGGCGACGAGCGCGAACAGCGGUGGUGGCGGCGGUGGCAGCAACCAAACCUACAAACCGUACCAUCCCUUGAAAACCCUAACCGGCCACGAAAACGCCGUAUCGUGCGUUAAGUUCUCGAAUGACGGAACGCUAUUAGCCUCGGCAUCCCUCGACAAAACCCUAAUCAUUUGGUCAUCCGCCACGCUCUCUCUCCUCCACCGCCUCAUCGGCCACUCCGAGGGCAUCUCCGACCUGGCCUGGUCCUCGGACUCUCACUAUAUCUGCUCCGCCUCCGACGACUGCACCAUCCGCAUCUGGGACGCCACCAGGGGCGAUUGCGUGAAGAUCCUCCGCGGCCACUCUGACGCGGUCUUCUGUGUAAAUUUCAAUCCCCAAUCAAGUUACAUCGUGUCCGGGUCCUUCGACGAGAGCAUUAGGGUUUGGGAUGUGAAGACCAGCAAAUGCGUCCAAGUCAUCAACGGCCACUCCAUGCCCGUCACCUCCGUGCACUACAACCGCGAGGGCACCCUCAUCCUCUCUGCCAGCCACGACGGUUCUUGCAAAGUUUGGGACACCAAAACUUUUGCUCCAUUGAAGACCCUUAUCGACGAUAAGGUUCCUGCUGUCUCCUUCGCCAAAUUCUCCCCCAAUGGCAAGUUCAUUCUCGUCGCCACUCUGAAUGACACCCUCAAGCUCUGGAACUACGGGAGUGGAAAGUUCUUAAAAAUAUAUUCUGGGCAUGUGAAUAGAGUAUACUGCAUAACUUCUACAUUUUCUGUGACUAAUGGGAGAUAUAUUGUUAGCGGUUCUGAAGAUUGCUGCGUUUAUUUAUGGGAUCUUCAGCAGAAAAAUAUGAUUCAGAGACUUGAAGGCCAUACAGAUACUGUAAUAUCUGUUACUUGUCACCCCACAGAGAACAAAAUUGCUUCCGCUGGUCUCGCUCGAGAUGCAACUGUGAGGGUUUGGGUACAGGAUUCCUGAAUAAUAUUGAAAUUAUAGGGUGUUUUAAGGCAACUAACACUACUCAUGCACGGUGAUCUCUUGUGGCACUAUUCCGUCUAUUUUUUUGUAAAUAUAUUUUUCAUCACUUGAUUGUAAACUCAUCACAUUUCUAGACAUCUUAAAUUGUUAUAUGUCGUCUAAUGUGUGAUGUGAAGUAUGAGUCUUGAAUGUUUACCUAUCCAAAUUUCUUCACUAUAUUCUUUUGUA